CUAUGUGCCAUAUAUAUAAUAUACGACGUGCGCAUUUCUAUAAAUAAGACCCUUUUUAAUUGUAUGUGUGUAAUAUAAGUGCAUAGAAUCACGAAAGAAUAAAGAGUGUGAUAUCCGAUCGAUGUCAAUGGAGAACGGAAACGGAUCCAUGAGAAAGAAGAAAUGGAACUUCUUGCAAGGGAACAAAGAGGUGAAUAAUAAUAAUAAUAAUAUUAAUGGUUCAUCAGCCAUAUCAGUGAGAGGCGUGUACAGCAUGAUGCUUUCGAACAUCAACGAAGAAGAUGAGAGAGGCGUGGUUCGUUUGUGCCGUGCGGACCCCACUGAUUUCUCCUGCUUUAGGACCACACAAGAUGCUCCUCACGCCAUUGCCGAAGCUGUUGAGUCCUUUCGCUUCAAUUCCUAUGCUCCUUCCGGUGGCUUAUUCCAAGCAAGAAGGGCUGUUGCAGAUCUUGUAUCCUCAGAUUUUCCAUACAAGUUAUCAGCGGACAAUGUGUUCCUAACGGUUGGCUGCACAGAAGCUAUAAACAUAAUCACUACCGUCCUUGCACGCCCAGGCGCCAACAUUCUUCUUCCAAGGCCCGGAUAUCCGCAGUACCAAGCACGCGCCGCCUUCUGCCGCCUCGAAGUUCGCUACUUCGAUCUCUUGCCGGACAGAGGCUGGGAGCUUGACCUUGAUUCCCUGGAAUCCCUAGCUGAUGACAACACUGUUGCCAUGGUCCUCAUCAAUCCUAGCAACCCUUGUGGCAAUGUUUUCACCUAUCAUCAUUUGAAAAAGGUUGCAGAAACAGCAAAGAAACUUGGAAUCUUUAUAAUAUCCGAUGAAGUUUAUGCUCAUUUAACAUUUGGAAGCAAACCAUACGUGGCAAUGGGAGCAUUUGCAUCAAUAGUGCCUAUAAUCACUCUUGGUUCUUUGUCAAAACGAUGGGUCGUUCCAGGUUGGAGGCUUGGUUGGAUUGUCACAUGUGAUCCUCAUGGAAUCUUACAAGAUAUUGGGAUUGUGACGAAUAUUAAGACUUACCUAGACAUCACAAGUAACCCUCCAACCUUCGUGCAGGCAGCAGUACCUCAGAUUCUUGAGAAAACGAAAGAUGAUUUCUAUACAAAAAAUCUGAACAUAAUGAAAGAGGCUGCAGAAAUACUCUAUGAUAGAUGUAAGGAGAUUCCAUGCUUGACAUGUCCUCAUAAACCUGAGGGAACCAUGACCGCAAUGUUAAAGAUUAAUUUUUCAAAAAUUGAAGGCAUUGUUGACGAUGUAGACUUCUGUGUCAAGCUGGCCAAAGAAGAAUCCGUAGUUCUACUUCCUGGUGCGACUGUUGGGCUAAAGAAUUGGAUUCGAAUCACAUAUGUUGUUGAUCCUUCUGCUCUCAAAGAGGGCCUUUCAAGGAUCAAAUCUUUCAGCCUUCGCCAUGCCAUCCAGUUGCCAUAAACAAAACAAUAUCCAUAUCAAUAAUUUGUUGUGAGUUUUAGCUUUUAAGGAAAGUUAUAGUAAUUUACAAAUGUAUCCUAAGUGUAGAAAUUAAAGGUUGGCAAUAUCGUCAAUUUGACAAGUGAGUCUAGCUAGCCAGAUUUUUGUCAAGAAUUUUCCUUACUAAUUGCAAAUAUAUGUUGAAAUUAGAGAGGUAAUGUGCUGUGUGCUUGUGACAUCCUACCACACUGUUUUGCUUUCACAUGGAUAUGAUAUGAUAUUAUGCUAUGAUGCCACUUAGGGUGAAAAUAGACCAAUCGAGCUGAGUAUUAAUUUAGACUAAUUUGGCCUAUGUUAUAAAUAUAUAGCUCAAGUUUAGGU